AGCAGAAUGUAAACAGAGCUCAGGUGCUAGCUAGCUGCUGUCCACGGUAACGAGUUCUCAUAUCGGUGCUGUCGCCGCUGAAUCGCACAAAGUCAUGAAUCCACGAUAGACUCCCUGUUUUCCUGAGAUGACAGUCUGACACCGAGGCGUCGUUCACCGUCUGUCGUGGUUCGGUCUAAUUCCCGAUCCAUAUGCUUUCACCAUGACCAAAGACAUUGUUGUCGGAGAUGAAUUACCAGACUGGGUGGGGGCGAAGGAGUUUUACCAGAAGUAUGACCCCAAAGAGGUGAUUGGAAGGGGUGUGAGCAGUGUGGUGCGCAGGUGUGUGCACAGACACACGGGUCAGGAGCUGGCAGUGAAGAUCAUCGAGAUCACGGCCGAGAAGAUGACGGUGCAGCAGCUGGAGGAGGUGAAGGCCUCGACGCUGAAGGAGAUCCAAGUGCUCAACAUGGUGAAGGGACACUCCUCCAUCAUCACUCUCAUUGAUUCCUAUGAGUCUGUAACCUUCAUCUUCUUGGUGUUUGACCUCAUGAGACGAGGGGAGCUGUUCGACUACCUCACAGAAAAAGUGACUUUAAGUGAGAAGGAAACCAGGAGCAUGAUGCGAGCUCUGCUGGAGGCCGUGCAGUACCUCCACUCCCUCAACAUUGUGCACCGGGAUCUGAAACCUGAGAACGUCCUCCUGGAUGAUCAGGGUCACAUCAAACUGUCCGACUUUGGUUUCUCAGUGCAGCUAGAACCUGGGGAGAAGCUCAGAGAACUUUGUGGGACACCUGGUUAUUUGGCACCUGAAAUCCUGAAAUGCUCCAUGGAUGAACUGCACCAAGGCUACGGCCAGGAGGUCGACCUCUGGGCGUGUGGAGUCAUCCUCUUCACCUUACUGGCCGGCUCGCCGCCGUUCUGGCACCGCAAACAGAUGCUGAUGCUGAGGAUGAUCAUGGAGGGUCGAUAUCAGUUCAGCUCCCCUGAGUGGGACGACCGGUCUGACACUGUGAAAGAUCUGAUAUCCAGGCUGUUGGUGGUAGACCCAACUGUCCGUCUGACUGCAGAGCAAGCCUUAGCACAUCCCUUCUUCAGACAGUACCAGAGGGAGGAUGUGCGGCUCUUCAGUCCCAGAAAGACAUUUAGGGUGUUCAUAGUGACCGUGCUUGCCUGCAUCAGAAUGUACAGCCGCUACCGGAGGGCUCGGCCGCUGACCCGGGAGGUGCUGGCCAGAGAUCCUUACUCCCUUCGCGGCGUCCGCAAGCUGAUCGACGGCUGCGCCUUCCGCAUCUACGGUCACUGGGUGAAGAAAGGGGAGCAGCAGAACCGAGCGGCCCUCUUCCAGAACACGGCCAAGAUCAUGCUGCUGGGUCUGGAGGACUUUGAAACAUAGAAGGUCAACCUCAUUCCUCAACACUUUGAUUUUUUUAUUUAACCGCUCGCAUGUUGCUGUCGUCGGUGUUAGUCUUUGUCCAGUGACUGUUUAAUUUUAAGGUGAGGAAUUCAGGGACCGUUCGUGUGCCUCGUUGUGUGCCGUGACUCUGCAAGUUCAAGAUAAGCAAAUAUUCCUUAUCUGUGUUUUGAUCCAAGGUUGUGGCUGUUUAAAACUCAUCCUGUCAGCUCAUCCUGUUUGCAGUGCACUUUGCAGUAGAGGACACGUUGCACAAUCUCAUCGUAUAAGUACAUAAUGUAUAUUUAGGAUUUUACCUGUUGAUCGUCUGUCCUAACUGAGGAGAGGAUGCAUUUCUAAGCACCGCGAGGGUGAAGUGGAACACAAAGCACUGUGAUUAGUUAUUUAAUACUUGACAUACUGUAUUAAAGCUCAGAUUUACAGAUAUUCCAGUGUUACAGAUCAGCACUGAGGGACAUGUGUGAAACGUUUUGAGAAUCCUGUAGCUGUCAUGCAUGCAAACAUUCCUCUAAUAGGAAGCCCGCUCACACUAAGUGUGAAGACGAUCUGUGACUAUUCCUUACUAAUCCUACCCAGCAGCAUUCCCGACUCGGUUCAGUCUAAUGAGACGCACUUUUCGUGAAAGUGUGCGCUUGAGAAAUGUACAGUAAUUGUACAAAUGGAGAUAUACAUCGUACUGUAUAUGCAGAAAAAGGUUUUAUUGACAAUAAAAACUAAUGUUUGGUUUGUCUUA